AUGGACGAGACCGACUGGCGCGCGUCCGUCGAGUUCGAGAUCAAGCGCGUGGCUGUGGGCGAUCUAGCGGUGCAGGUGUGCCAGAUGGAGGAGCUGUCGGUGGCUGCGUCGCUCUUCAUGUUGGCAGAGAUGGACGCGAACGUGACGGAGAUCUCGGGCACGCGGCUCUGGACAGGCUCUCACUUUCUAUCACGGUAUCUAUGGCACCAUCCAGAGCUCGUGCAAGACAAGCGCGUACUGGAACUCGGCGCUGGCACGGGUAUCUGCAGCAUCGUGUCGUCGAAGCUCGGUGCUGCGCAGUGCAUGGCUACAGAUGGAGACAAGGAAGUUGUAGAGCUGCUGACCAAGAACGUGCACGUGAAUGACGUGGAGAGCGUCGUGACGGCUCGCUCGCUGUUCUGGGGCGACGAGCCGUCGGCACAGACACUGCUGGAGGAGUUUCCGCGUGCGUUCUCAGAUGUCGACAUUGUGCUGGCCGGUGACGUGCUUUACAAGCGCGAGUUGCUGCCGCUGCUUUUUCAGACGGUCAUGCAAGUGUUGCUGACUGCAGAUGGCAAAGAGCGCACGUUUGUGCUGUGCCAUAUUCCUCGAGCUGACGUGUCACACGAGCUCGUGCAAAAGCAGAUCAUCGACUCAGGGCUUCGGUUCAAAGAGGUUGAACUGCCUACGGAAGACGCGAGGGAUGCCGCUGUGAAGCUAGAAGAAUGUCCCGAAGAGGACGUAAAACGAGCCAAACUGUACGUUAUCCACCAAGUGAUCAUAUCAAGAUGA